ACUCAGCGCCCAUCCCGCAAAAUGUAUCUGAUGGUUGCAACGAUCUCCGGAAUUGCCGAACGAUGUGGGGCCUCGUCUAUGGUUGUCUCCUUACCGUCUUUGCUUGCGUUUGGACGGCGGUACACCCAAAUGUACCACAGCACGACGGUGAUAUCUGGUCGUUUUCAUCGCAUGUUGGUUUGAUGAUGGCUUCACUGGUUUCGCCGGAGUGGAUUCUGGGGACUGCAUGGCGCCAAUUCAUGUUGUCUCGCAGAGUGUCAAAAAAAUACAAGAUGGUUGAAGGAUGGACCUUGACCCAUUCAUACUUUGUCGUCAUGGAUGGUUUCUUCGACCCAUCAAAAGGAAAGGUGGUGGUCCCGGAGAAGUUGCAGAAAUAUCCUGGCAUAAUUGAGAAGACGGGGAAUACUAGAAAGGCCGCAAUCACAAGGAAAGGAAAUUCUCGACAGAAGCAAAGGCGAUGCGAUUUCCAAAUGUCUCGUCGUCCUCCAAUUACUAUGGUUUAUCAUUCAAUACGUCGGACGAUGGGGAACCCACUUGAACAGAUCGCAACUCGAGACGAUGACGCUCGCGUAUGCAGCAUUAAGUGUCUUUGUUUAUGUGCUGUGGUGGAAUAAACCCGUUAACAUUCAAUGC